AUGAACUACCUUGUCGAUGCGUACCCCGACUAUGCCGCCUCCGUACUUGCAGGGAACGACUUUUCUCAGUCUUCCUUCGGUACUGGUUUCCCACUGUUCGCGUCAGCUAUGUACCGCAACCUCGGCGUGGCCUGGGCAAGCUCGACACUCGCAUUUAUAUCUCUUGCAUUCAUUCCGGUACCUUCUAUCUUUAUGGCAGAGUGCUUCGCGUAA